UGGAAAUAAACAACCUAACCCUCGUCCGUGACCCACGUAACCUCGUCUCCAACGGUCUCGCUUCCGUUAUGAUUGGGAAGUUAUUCCUAACCUUGGCUACGCUCGCGCUUCUUCACGGUAUGAAUGUCCUUUCUGACAUCUCACACUACUCAAGUUGUUCUAUAGCCGCAUAUUCCACGUACGAACAUUUGUCACUUUUGAAAGCUUUGGGAAAGCCUGAAGGAUCAUUACCUCUGGAUAUUGUGUAUGAGAGCAUUCUUGCGCUCAUUCUCGGGCUGCUUGGAGCAUCCUUGAAUGCUCCACCAUUGAAAGACAUCACUUGGGCAAGUGAAAUGAAGAAGCGUACAAUUGACGGAAUGGAUUCACGGCUGGGAUUCGCGCACUACAAGUCUCGUGGAAAGUUUUUGUUUGCGAGUCCACAUGAUAGUAAAACAUGAAGCGUUGUAUAUCGAUUGUCCAUCAUAUACAUGACAAACGUUG